AUCGACUACAUCACGAACACUUGCCCCGCUUUCAGCCGCCUCGUCAUGUCUUCUGUGUAUUACGAGACGGGUCGACACCUGAUAGCCGCCAGUAUUGCGCUGGCGGCUGUGGACGUCAUAGCAGUGGCUGCGAAAUUCUGGGUGCGACGCAAGUACAAGCAAGGACUGAAGGCGGACGACUGGCUCUUGGUGCCUGCUACGCUCCUUUCCAUCGUAUUCGCCAUCAUACUUUCUUAUGGUGCUUUCAAUGAUGCUAUUGGAGGCUCCAUAAAACUUCCUGUGGGGGAUCCAGGACGUCGCGCAGAGGAAACAUACAAAUUGACUCUGGGAAGAAAGAUCCAAUGGCCUUUUCUAGUCCUGCAUCCGAUUGCUAUGGGCUUGGUUCGAUGCAGCUUUCUCCUCUUCUACCUCCGCAUCUUCUCUGUCAACAGGGCUAGAAUCUUUGUUCUGAUAUCCAUUGGGGUCGUAGUAGCGUGGAGUAUUUCCUUCUUCUUUGCAGAACUGUUCCAAUGCGGCGCGAACUUCACUUCCAACUGGUCCAUGACAUUGUUUUUGGUACAUUGCCCGGAUACGCUGUGGAUCCUCUUCUUCUCUUUCCUUACUGCGGCCAUACUCGAUGUGUACAUUCUCAUUUUGCCGAUGCCCUUUAUUCUUCGAUUGAAGCUACCUCUAACGAAGAAGCUUGGUGUAAUGUCGAUUUUGGUAGUAGGCGCUGCCACGGUUGUGGCCUCGGUGAUCCGUCUCUCAAUCUUAGCUCCUAGCAUUUUCUCAGUCACCACGGGUGGCGCACCCGUUUCAUACGAACAGAGAUCUGCGAGAUUGUCCUCCACGAUCUACUGGGGUCAAGUCGAACUCGGAGUAGCCAUCUUCGUAGCCUGCCUCCCAACCAUCCAGAAAGUUCUACGUCCACAAGAAGGCACAGGCUUCCUCUCACGCCUCGGAAUGACUGGCAAUUCUUCGCGCGCGUCAACGAAGAAUUCGAAACACAGCUUCAACACAUCAGCUUCCUCGCGGGCCAUGGGCAAGCCCCAAAUCCUGGUCGAUCAGUCCGUCGAUGUUGCGUACGAGGAUGCGGAUAACAGGCCAAUUUUGGGCAGGGGAAUGAAGCGCACGAAGAAUGGUGAGGAGAAUAUGAGCGAUAUCGAGAUGCAUGCGGGUUUGGGUAGAGACCACGCUCAGGCAAGGACAAAUUAUUGA